UGUGCGCCUGCUGGCGCUCAGGAAGGAGUUGCCUCUAGAGGUGCCGGGCGGGAUUAACUGAGCUGCUCUCGGCUGCCUUUUACUGGUGCAGGAAGAAACUGUGGCAUCAUGACGACCAUGUACCGGAUGCCGCGGCUAGUGGAGACGCCACCCACGGUGGAGUUGCCUUCCUGCAUGUACAAGAUGGAGGUGUUGAGCUGCGCUCAAGCACUGGAUCUUGGUGCUUCCUAUUACGGUCCAUCACGUGUUCCUUCCUCUGAAAAGAACAGUGAUGGCGUGGCUGCCCUGGAAGUUAGACAAGAGGCCCUACUGGAGAGACUUCAGCAUCUGCGGCAACAGUUAGACCAUCUGCUAGGAAAUAAAGUGGCAGCUACACAAGUGUCUUCCCGCUCUACUUUCCACCCGGCUAUAGGAGCAGCAGCUUAUUCCUCCCCAUUUAAGGAGGAUGCGGCUACUGGAGUGGAUUGUGAUGUGAGGAGACUGCAAGAAUCAGUAAUGUAUAGGCUGAGCUGCUUGAAGGCUGAGCUUGGUCAUCUGUCUGAGGCUGGUGCAUCAAUACACCCAUCGCAUGAACCAAUACCACUGCCUGAACACCAGAAUUGCAUCUUGAAGGUGAUAAAGGCAUUGAAAGAAGAAGUGAAAUUCAUUGCAGAACUUCAGAAGAAAACCUAUACCAAGGACUGGUCCACUGAAGUGGAUGUUGUUACUCACCAUGCACAAGUUGUCAAGAAGCUCAACUUACUGCAAGAGGAAUUGGCCAAGAUGUUGAGGGAGUUGCAGGACCUUUCUUGGAAGGUGCUCCCUCAAGAUCUUGGCUGUCAAUGUGACUUAUCUUACCAGCUACCUUCCUUGUCCUCCAUCUCCUCACCUUUGUGUUUCUUGGAACCACCAUCAGCAGCAUCUGUGCACGACUUGGUGAUUUCUGCCAACCCCACAACGCCACCUUUCUCUCUAGUAUUGCUUCGUAAACUUCUGAGAGAAGCUGGAUGUUCUGUAUACAGUGCCAAUCAUGUCCACUCCUCUGUAUCAGAGGUCAGUGACUACUUGCAAGAGUGCUUCACAGACCAGCCUUUAGUGGAGCGCAGUAAGCAUAAGGUUGCAUUUACCCUGCACUGGAAAGAUGUAUCAGCACUGAGGCUUAUGGUAAAUCCUCUUCAUCAGACUCAAAUUUCUGGGGAAGAGAACAUUAUUCGGUACGUGUCUCGUCUGUUUCCUCUGUCCUCUCCAUUCAACUAUGAGGCUUCUGGGAGCUUUGCAGUCAUUACAGAAACAGACCAGUUACUGGAUCAAGUAUCGAAGCAAGUAGCAGCUGGAAAUAAUAAAGAACGACAAGCGGCCAUGAGACAAUUAAAUGGAAGACUGGGGAAGACAGAAUGGCUGAUGGGAAACCUGUGUGGUAUAGCAGAUGUGUUGGCUUGGUCACUUGUGAAACAGGCACAGCUUGACGUUGCAGCACCAGCAAAUGUGGCAAAGUGGUACAAGAAAAUGAGCACUUUAGCUGGCUUAGGUACUUAGUUCUACGAUGGUUCCAAGUAUUACAGUGAAUGCAGUGACACGCAUCACAUCUGUCAAGGGAAAACUUAAAUAAAAAUUAAGUGUG